UGUAAGGGAGCUAAAGGCAACCGCUUGGCUUUGUUGCAUCUCUUGCACAAUUUUAAUGGUCGAAACUUGUUCGCUGUUCUUGCGAGUUUCUUUUGUUUGUUGUGUAGGGUAACUUAUAUAUAACCGUCCUGUACCAAAGAAGGUGUCUUGGAUUACUGCAGCGUUAAAAAAGUGGGAAUUUUGCUAUAUACCCGUGUUUAAACUGUCCUGUUGCCACGUGUGUUGGCGGCGUAGGAAGAAAAAUUUCUACAGCAGCUGCUCUUGCCUUUAUUUUUUGAAUACUUUUCGAGAAGCUGGAUUUAUUGGAAAACAGCCAGCGGGAGUAUUAUUUGAACCCGAACUUAAAACGUAGUCAUUACAAGGAACACUAAGCAAGUUGGUUUCGGUUGUUAAACGUUGAGUGGAAUUGUGUGCUUCAGUUUGUCUGCGUUCAGUCUUUGGACAUCGUCACUGUCUGUAAUUAUCGUAUUUUGUUUAUUGCAUUUGGCCUUUCACGUUAGUCCUCAACCAUACAAGUUUUGGUGGGAUAAGCGUUAUCAUAGCAUUGUGAGGAACCGCAUGACUUCGGCAAUUUCUGUUCCUGAAGUGGAUAUCUCAAAUUCAAACAAGCUGUCAUCAUCAUCAUUAUCCGAGUCUCAGAAAGCUUAUCUUAAUCCAGAUGCAGUGAUCUUUGAGACCAACGGAUCUUUAAAUGAAGAGUCAUCCAUGAAGUCGGAUAGUGCGGAUGAACAAAAAGCUAAGAUGCCAUCACCUUUGCCAAACCCAGGAAAAGAUGAGACAAUGAUUGUCAUAAAUGGCGAGGAUUCUGGUGUUUUUGUUAAUCUUAUUGACAAAAGGAACAUCCCCGAUCACAUAAAACCUGAUGAAUUACCAAAAGAUGAACUGCGAAGUCUUAUAAGACAGCAGCUGGAAUAUUAUUUCUCUAGAGAAAACUUGGCUGGGGAUACCUAUCUGGUAUCUCAAAUGGAUAGUGAUCAAUAUGUGUUAAUUCAAAUUGUGGCCAACUUCAACCAGAUGAAGAAGUUAACCAAUGAUAUUGAGCUAGUAAAGGAAGCCAUUAAAGAAUCUGCAUAUUUGCAAAUGGAUGAUAGCUUCACAAAAAUGAGACCAAACAUGAAACGUUGUAUAGUCAUCUUACGUGAAGUACCUGAUUCCACUACAGUUGAGGAAGUGGAAAAGCUGUUUAGUGGAGAAGGUUGUCCAAAAUAUGUCAGUUGUGAGCCUGCUAAUAAUAACUACUGGUAUAUACAGUUUGUGUCAGAAGAAUGUGCUCAAAAGGCUUACCGAUAUUUGCGAGAAGAUGUUAAGACAUUUAAAGGAAAACCAAUAAUGGCAAGAAUCAAAGCAAAACCAAUACCAAGAGCUGCAUCAAACUAUGGCCAGAAGAAUGGAUUGCAACAGGCUCCUGAAAAUUCGACAAUUUCUUCAAUUGCCUCACCUACUUUCCGUUAUCCUAUUUCACCAAUGUAUGGAAACCAGGGAUAUUCAUUUUUUCCACCACAUGUCAUGUCACAAUGGGCUGCUGGCCAGCACUUCUUUGAUCCAACGUUUAUUCCAACUCUUGUAAACAAUGUCUAUCACUCCCACAAUUUCGGUAAAGCUGCUAAUCAUCAAGGCAACCGAGCUUUUUAUUCAGGCAAUAGAAAUCGGAAUCAAACACGAAGUCAUCGUGAAACUUCUGAACGCUUUGAGAAAGAUGCGACACCGAAUCGACCUCGAGCCUACAGUACCAAUGGUAUGAGCAGCGGUGCUAGCAAUAAUACUGGUACAAAUCCUAUUACGAACAAUGGCGGUGGUAAAUCUUCGUCCAGCUCGAUGACGUCAUUCCCAGCUUGGCGAAAAAAUGAGGAGGAAUACAGACCUGGUCCUAGAGCUCGCAGACGUCGAGGAAGCAGUGAAGACAUUCACUCUAGUCGAUCACCAAUACCUCAAGAACCACAACGCAGUAAAGACGAUAGUCAUUUCAAUCUAUCCAACGCACAAUUUCCUCCUUUACCUUCAGCUAAUGCAUUUAACACUUCUGAUCUUCCAUUUCUAUCGUCGAGUCCAAGACCUGACUAUAACAAGGUCGCAUCAUCUCCACCAUUAUCUCCUCCGGUCACACCGACAAGCCAUUCCAGAAUUCCUAUGCUCAAAGCAGACAACGACGAAGUUACGAAGGGCCUAGCACUCGAUGAAUCUAAUGAUGGUAAUCAAGUGAAAAAGACAGAUUUGAAAAAGACGGAUAUGAAAAAAACUGAUACGAAAAAAACUGAUUCGAAAAAAACCGAUACGAAAAAGACCGAUUUGAAAAAGACCUACUCAAAAAGUGCCCAGGAUACGAAAGAGAACGUUUCAAAGGAUGAUGUCAACAAGGCAAAUAGUACCCCGGAAAAGGCAAAGGAAACGUUGAGUGAGAAACUCAGUUACGCUCAGAUUGCUCAGAAAAAAGCAAUGCAAGUGAAGCAACAACAAGCGGCAGCUAGUGUUGCAGGCUCAAUUAGUGCCACACAAUCCAAUGUGCAAUCAUAGCUUGGUUUGGACAGGGUGGUUUUUAUAACAUAAUCUGUCGACUACUGUCGACGUUGUUCUUAUGCGAGUCACGUGUGCAAGUUAAGUGUGUAAUAAGGAAGAGGCAUGUGAAAUAAAGAUGCAAUGGCUCCGGCUUUACACACCUGGUGUGAAACACAUUUGCGAACUCAUUGUAUACAAGCAAAGUGUGGUUGAUAAUGUACGUAUCGACUGUUUGAGGAGUUAUGUCAAGAUGAUGGCUUGUUCGCACCAUGCCAGUGGAAUUUAUACCGGUUGAUACUCAUUGAAGUAAUUCAAUGUAGUUAUCAACUGAAGACGUUGUGAGAGUUGUUUAGUCUGGUGAAGAAGAUGGUCUCCUGUUGACCAUACUCGCUCACUGACAUUUGAAAUGAUAGCUUUUUGCUUAUUUGUAAAUGAAGUUGCUCCUUUAUUGUUAGUCGUAUUUAUGUAAUAGUUAGCCGAGUUAAAGUUAUGGCUAGCGGAUUUUCUGCUUGUUUUCAACUCCUAAUUUAAGUAUGACAAGCGAAAUCGUUAAACUGCAGAUGACUACCAUUAGGAUUAGAAAAAGUGGAUCAAUUGAUCAAAUUGGACACUUUAACACCAAUCUUUGUGUCUAUUCUGACACGAAAAAUCACUAUUAUGUGAUGAUUUGUAUUUUAAGCAAAAAUCAUUGUUGAUAACAAGAAUUCAGUUGAAACAAGUCAAAUAAUUAACCGUAAACGAUGAUAUUUUCCAGAAAGUAGCGUUGAUUACGCAAUAGUAAUGAACGCAUGGUAUGCAAAUCAAAACAUGACGGCAGAUGAUAAAUCUCUAGUUAAUGGAAGAAGGCGCGUGGAAACAUGUGCAGUACUCUUUGCGUUCGGUCUUUCUUCCUGGAUUGAACUUUACCCUUCGCUUGGAUUUUGGUGUGUAAAUAUUUAACAGUUGAACUGCUAUUUUGUAGCGAAAUAGUUAAACUGCUGUAAAAUUCUACUGAUUCUAACUCUUGUAAAAUUGACUUAUUCCAAUUUGACGAUGGUUUUGACUCA